UUGAGUUUGACGGUUGUGAAGGAGGGGCAGCACAGCAGAGCACAACCGUCAAUGUUUUCUUUGUAUCCCUUCCUACACGUGAGCUCAUCAAACCAAAACAUUUCCAAGUUUCCUCGUUUUUUUUUGAAAAAUUUAUACCUUAUUCACUGAACAAAAGUAGAGUGUGAGUAUCUAAAACUCCCGAUCGACUGUCAAUUGUCGAUGUGAAAAUGCAGAAAUCUGAUUUAUCAUCAUUAAGAUCUGGUCCCCAACCUUUUCGCCAAUCUCCAGCGAAGACAACUGCAGCAGCAACAGAAGCUUGUAGUGGAGGAGAUUGUCUGGAAGAGUGCAGUUCAGCAUCGCCAAGUAACAACUCUAUGGUUUCUGAAAACUUUGUUGAAUCUGACGAAACGCGACAAAGGACGUCGACACCCCAACAAAACAAGUCACCGGCGCCCCUGUCGUUCGAUAUGAGCGGAUCCAACCUUAAUCUUAACCUCGGAUCCAAGAAUGCGAUAACUUCUCAACAUAAAAACUUGGCUAGUGCGAGUCUCAACGCUGCAACAACCCUGCUAUAUUCGAGUGGACUUAGUACUUACAGUAGUGGGGGUAGUUCGCGCUUGUUGAGAGGAAAUUCUGAAGUGGACAAGACCAUCGUGGAAGAAACUAAGCAGAAGGGUGCUUCUUCAGCUGGACAAAACACAACGACCAGUAGGACGUCCACCACGACGACAGCCUCAGCCACGUCUUUGAGUACCACAGCCAUGUCCAAUAGUACCACUUCUGCCACUAGUCACACUACCAAUGGGAGUUCCACUACAGGGGUUGCCUAUACUAAUGGUAGUUCUUUGACGGGAACUGGGAGUUACAGCAGUAGCACUGGGGGAAAUUAUCGUUUGGCGAGUUUAGAUCGCUUGGCCCAGCGUCAGAAGCUGUAUGAGCAGAAUGGGUCUGCAGUUGGGGACAACUUACAGAGCAAACGCGAAAUGUUUUUCAAGAACGACUCAUCUCCUGCCCCAGCUCUUGUAAACACAAUAAAUACGAGUGGACCCUCCGCCGCUCCAACCGCCCCUACUGCUGCUACUGUUGGUGGGCUGGCUGCCAAACCAGAUAUUUCUUCCAGGAAUGCCAUCGACACAAGUGUGACGCGGACGCAUCACACGAAUGGAAACAACAUCGAAGACAACAAAGAGAGAGAAAUGAAGGAGAAAAUGAAACUCGAUCGACCUGAAAAGGACAAGCGAAAAAAAGAGUUAGAUGGCUAUGUUGGAUUUGCCAACCUCCCAAAUCAAGUGUACCGUAAAGCAGUGAAACGAGGGUUUGACUUUACACUGAUGGUGGUCGGCGAAUCCGGUUUAGGAAAAUCAACGCUGACGAAUUCCAUGUUCUUAGCCGAUAUUUACUCUCCAGAGUACCCUGGACCCUCAUUAAGAUUAAAGAAAACAGUGCAGGUUGACACAUCGAAAGUGACGAUGAAAGAAAACGGAGUAAACCUUUCCCUUACCAUUGUUGAUACUCCUGGAUACGGUGACAGCAUUGACAAUAGUCAAUGCUGGCAACCAAUUCUGGAUUAUAUUGAAAAUCGAUACGAAGAUUUUUUGAAUGCUGAAUCGAGAGUGAACAGGAAGACACUAUUAGACAGUCGAGUUCACUGCUGCUUGUAUUUCAUUGCUCCUUCUGGACAUGGACUAAAGGCUUUAGAUAUUGAAUUUAUGAAAAAGUUGCACGAUAAGGUCAACAUCAUUCCAAUAUUGUCGAAAGCUGAUACAAUGACGCCUGAAGAAUGCAGCCACUUUAAGAAACAAGUGAUGAACCAGAUAAAACAACACCAGAUAAAAAUCUAUGAAUUUCCGGACUGUGAUGACGAAGAAGAAAACAAAAUUAAUAAGCAAAUGCGAGAUCGGGUACCAUUCGCUGUUGUUGGAUCUAACACGGUAGUUGAAGUUGAUGGGAAGAAAGCGCGAGGGAGAAAAUACCCAUGGGGAACAGUACUAGUUGAAAAUCUUGAGCACUGUGACUUUGUUGCUUUACGAAACAUGGUGGUCAGAACGCAUUUGCAAGAUUUGAAGGAUGUGACAAACAAUGUUCACUAUGAAAAUUUUCGGUGUCGGAAGUUGGCUGGUUUGGGACCCGAUGGAAAACCUGUCAAAGGGUUUGAUAAUAAUGCUCAAUCGCCAGGAAUUCCUAAUUGUUUUAUUACAAUCUGGAAUCCCUUGGCCCAAAUGGAAGAAGAGAAGAAAAAUCAUGAUGCAAAAAUGAAAAAGAUGGAAAUAGAGAUGGAGCAGGUCUUUGAAAUGAAGGUCAAAGAGAGGAGCCAGCGAAUAACUGACUCUGAGAAAGAUCUGAAACGUCGAGAGGAGCAAAUGAAGGUUCAACUGGAAAAAUUAAAACGGGAUAUCGCCGACAAAAAGAAACAAUUUGAGAAUGAUAAACUCGUGUGGGAGCAAGCCAACGGAAUUUCUGUCGAGGAGCUGAGGCGUCGAAGUUUGGAGGCCCUGUCGAAAGAGACCUCUCCACGAAAAUCCUUUUUUAAGCGCAAAUCUGCUGCAAAACAAGGAAAAGUGAAAGAGAAAAAGACAUCGACAUCUGCAUUGGAAAAGGUCAAAGAAGGCUCCAUUGUUUCUGCCAAAUCGAAGACUUCAACCCUUGUGCCAUUCUCUGGGAUCGUUACAAAUAAUUCUAACUCAAAUGGAGAACCAAGUGACAGCGUUACCAGCGUCGAUGGUUUGCAACAAAAGACGGCGACGGUGAAGCGUAGUACGUCCAUGCCCAAAUCUCACCCCACCGUUGCCAGACGAAGAACAUCUUUUAAAGGGCAUGAAUGUUCCCAGUCCUAAUUAUUAUUCUUUAUAUUAUAUUUAUUUACUAUUUGUAGUAGACGUUGGACAAUCAGUGUUUCAAUCAUUGUGCUUUUAACUGUGUGAACGGCUGUUUUGUAUAAUAGAUACAAGAUUGGUAGUACUACUUGGUAUGAUAAUUGUCGUUGCUAUCAUCAUCAAUCUCCAUCAGAUCUACUCCAGCUGAUAUUAAUAUUUACGUAGUGUUAUACUAUGUAUUAUUUAUUUAUUUUUAUUAUUGCUACUAACAUUGUUGUGAAUUUCCUUCAAUUAAAGGGCUGUCGAUGGGAAGAAGCCGAAAAAGAAAGGGAUUUUCUAACAAUUGGGCUUCACAAACAACCACACAAGCUUACCUGCAACUCCAGAAAUUGUUUUCCUACAGCCGACAUUGAUCGUCAUUGAUGAAAUUAAUCGUUCCACGUGAAGUUCUUUCUAUACAUUAUUAAAGUUAAACAGUUACCCGUUCAAUACCAAGUAUGUGUACAAAUGUAAAAGUAAAUGUUUACAUACGACGAUACUGACCAAAACUACAAUAAGUUAUAUUCAAGAUUCGCUACUCUUAUUAUAUGCUCAUGUAAAAUUAAUCUCAGAAAGACAACGAGUUCUUCUAUUCCUAAAGCUAUUAAUUUGUCUACUAACCAUAAUAAUAGCUAAUCUAUUAGUACUAAACACAGCUAAUUAACAAAAAUUGCCAAUGCAAAAUGGACAAAUGGUCUACAUUAAAUAUAAUCUAACGAGGCUGAUUCUGUAACUGACACUACAUAAUAAUAAUUAACCUUAAUACUAAUACAUAAUAAUAAGAUUUAUUACAUGAAUUUUGUAAUCUUAAACAUAAACAUAAUGUCACGUGUUGUUUAUCUCUCUGUAAAAAUCGUAAAUUGACUAGGAAAUUUUUCUACAUCUGAUAUUUCAAUUGUAGAAUCCAUAAUGCCGAGACUGUCGUUAUUAUUCCGUUCCAUGUGCAACAUGCAUGGAAAGCUUCCAAAUAUUCUUUAAUUGUUCUGUCAGCGAUUUUGAAGUAUGUCCUUUAUUUUUAAUAAGUAUGUACAACUUUAUGCCAUUUUGUAUCCGACAAAGUUCCACUUGCCUCAUGUUGAUUGUAACUUUAAGCGAAUAAACAUUUUUUGGUACUAUGAAA